CCUAUCGUCUCUCGACCUACCCACCACCCAUCAUCUCUGUCAUGCACUCUCCUGUGAACCAGCCGUGGCGGCACCACCACCACCACCAGCACAGAUGCGGUGGCGCCACCCCCACUAUCCCCAUAACCGCCACCACCAUCCCCAUCCAACAUCCAACAACGGCACCACCACCACCUUCUCCAACCCCAUAACCACCGAUCCGUUGAGAGCCAGAACCAAAAUGCGGCGGCAGCACCUCACGGAGGCUAAAAUCGAGUCCCCCACCGCCGUCAUACUCUUUAACUCCUUCGCCUUCCUCCAUAUGCCGACGAACGCCGCCUCGCCAUUUUCCCUCGCGACGUCCAGCGCCGCCUCUCACCGAUUCGUCGCCUUGUCACACAUCUGUACAGAGAUGGGAUGAGGGAGAUAGAGAGUUGUUGAUUGUACAAAAUGUUGGUGGUGGCGGUUGUGGAGGUGGGCAUGGCGGCAUGGUUGGUCUCGUGCGGCGGUGGCGGCGAAGUUGGUUCUCGCAGUGGCAUGAAGGAGAUAAUAAAUUACAUUAAUACCCUCAUUUGGCAGAUUUCAUAGCUGUUAUUUUUGUCCAAUAUGCACACGUGUUGGUUUCUUGAGAGAGAGAGAGAGUAAUAUGCAGGGGUGUUUUUGCAAUUUACCCCAUAUAAUAUUGUAGAGAGAGCAAGAGAGAAAGAGGGACGGGAGGAGAAAGAAGAAGGAGAACAGAGAUGGGAGGGGAAGAGAGAGAAGGAGUAACGGCGACGGACUUCUUCUGGUCAUACACAGAUGAGCCACACGCUUCUCGCAGGCGACAGAUUCUCUCUCAGUACCCUCAAAUCAAAGACCUCUUCGGCCCCGAUCCCUUUGCUUUCCUCAAGAUCAUGGUGGUUGUUUUGCUUCAGCUAUGGACCGCUACUUUCCUCAACAAUGCAGGCUGGCUGAAGAUACUGGCAGUGGCCUACUUCUUUGGCUCUUUUCUCAACCACAACCUCUUCUUAGCCAUCCAUGAGCUCAGUCACAACCUUGCCUUCUCUUCACCUGUGUACAACCGUUGGCUCGGGAUUUUUGCUAAUCUCCCCAUUGGUGUUCCCAUGUCUGUGACCUUCCAAAAGUACCACCUUGAGCAUCAUCGCUACCAAGGAGUGGAUGGCAUAGACAUGGACAUCCCAAGCCUCGCUGAAGCUAAUCUCGUGUCAAAUGCUGUCGUGAAAUCCAUUUGGGUAAUCUUCCAACUAUUCUUCUAUGCUCUCAGACCUCUAUUCCUGAAACCCAAACCCCCUGGCAUAUGGGAGUUGGUCAAUUUGAUUAUUCAGCUGGGCCUUGAUGCUGCCAUGGUUUAUUUUUGGGGCUGGAAAUCAUUUGCCUACCUGAUCCUUUCCACUUUUGUUGGAGGCGGGUUGCACCCAAUGGCUGGUCACUUUAUCUCAGAACAUUAUGUCUUCAAGACAGACCAAGAGACAUACUCUUACUAUGGCCCCCUGAAUCUUAUGACAUGGAGCGUAGGUUACCAUAAUGAGCACCAUGAUUUCCCAAGGAUUCCAGGGAGCAAACUUCACAAGGUGAAGAAGAUUGCGCCAGAAUAUUACGAGACUUUGGAAUCACAUAAUUCUUGGAGCCAAGUAAUUUACAUGUACAUUAUGAACCGGACGGUUGGGCCCUUUAGCCGGAUGAAGAGAAAGUUGUCAACGAAGACCACCAACAAAUCCGAAUAGGUGCCAUUGUAUUUUAAUAUUUUCCCUUUUUCCUUUACCUAUCAGUUUUUUGACUAUCAUUUUUCUGUAACAUAUUGAGAUCAGUAUCAUAUGCUAAGGUUUUAGAUUGAGAUGUGACUAUGUGAGUAAUUUGUUUCAUUGGCAAAUCAUCGGAUUUGUGUUGCUGGAAUAUGUGGAAUGGAAAUGAGUUUUGCAACCCUAUAUUCUAUCUUCUGAUUCUCAA